CCCUGAACCCCCCCUGUCCCUUCCGUCCUUCUCCUGCCUUCCGCAGACGCCGCCCACCUCAUCCUCCAUCUCCUCCCCAAAUUCACCCACGUACUUCCGUAACUUAGGUACGUCGUACGCACGGCACGGCCACACUGGAAACUGUUUUUUUUUUUCUUCCUUUCCCUCUGCUCCUGCUGGCACCGCGUGGCUCUCUCCUCAUCCCAUCAUCCCAACUCUGUCACCGUACCUCCCUACAACCCACCCCUACCUCCCUUUUACCUAGUCGUGACUUCCCUGGCUGGCAUCCGCAGAGGUGUCUUUGCCCGAAACGCACCACGCUUCUUACACACCUCCCGCACAGCCCGAGGUACCUCGCGUGUCCCUUGGUACCUGCCUCUCCUACUUUACUUUUAGACGCCUCUUCCAGCCAUUGCCGCUCUCUCCACCACCUCUGGCUCACUCACCCUCCUUCUAUCAUCCCGUCCCAAUUCUCCAACCCUCUCUACCCUCUCUACCCUCUCUACCUUACCUCUUCCCUCCAUAUCCUCGUUGUUUUUUCGCACCGAGCGAGAGACCGUGUUUGUCCUACGAAAAGAACGACAGACAGAGCUCAAUUCUACCUAUCCCGUCUCCUUUUCUUUCUUGUAAUCCUAAAUCUCGUCAUCUCCUUUCGACGAUCACGCCCCCCGUCCGUUCGCUGUCCUCCCCAAAGAACCAAGACCGGCCAGUCUUCGAAACACGACACCACCUCGGGGCAGCCAAUCCAUUCGUUACAUAGACAGAAAGUUGCUUGCACAUACACACUCACACAUUCACCUUUGCCGCCAGCUGUCGACAAGUACCAAUCGACCUCGCAUCAUCAUCUUGACCGUGCUCCAAGCCAGCUGUUCUUGUUGUUGCAUCGUCUCGCCGUUUCCCAGGGCCCAUUCAGUUAGCCCACUUCAGCUCGACCAGCCGCCCCCGACUUCGACUAGCCACUACAGGCGACACGUUCGUUAAUUCUGCUGCAUCGAGAGAAGCCUUGGUCCUUGAUCCUGCGCCACUAGGCUACCAGAACCAAGAGAGACUGACGACCCGUCGCCGAAUCGCUUCAUUUCCUCGUCGCUCCAAAUCCACGCCCCGAUACGCUUGCCAGCGUCGAAUGGGUCUGACGCCUGACGCACCCACAGACGCGCCCACCUGCCGACCUGCUGUCGCCUACGCCUAGUAGGGGGUUUUGGAACACGGGAAUCAGGUUAGGAACAAUCCACCACUUCUGUGUGUGCGAUACACAGGUCGCUACACCUAGUUCGACUCCAAUCGACGAUUGAACGAAGCCACACGCUGGUUGCUGUUCCAUUCGCCGUCGUUAUACAAGGCCCAAAAAGCCGUCUGCGUUGUCGCGAAAAAGAGGUGUACAGAGGGUACAACAGGCGACCACUUGGCCCAGCCCACCAGCUAAUCCACAAUUGGGCCCAUCAUGGCACCCAUGACGCCCCGGCUCAAGAUCCUCUCAGUGGGAGGGAAUCCAGUUUCGGCCUUUCUAUCAUGGAGAUUACAAGCGACGAAUGCUUGCGACGUUACACUGGUGUGGAAGUCGGGAUUCGAUCACGUUGCGCAAUACGGCAUUUCCUUCAAGUCUCCCAUAUUUGGCAACGAACGAUUUAAGCCGCGACACGUUGUACGCGUUCCCGAAGAAGCCGCACACGGCGGUGGCCCAUUUGACUAUGUGAUCCUUUGCAUCAAGGCUCUCCCCGACGUCUACGACCUCGCCGCCGUCAUCGACGCCGUCGUCACCCCUCAGCACACGUGCAUUCUCGUUAACACGACGCAUACCCUCGGUGUCGAGGCCGCUAUCGAGGAACGAUUCCCUACCAACGUUGUGCUUUCGCUGGUUUCCAAUGCCGAACUCUCCCAACUGGGACAGAGUGAAUUCGAACACAAGGGCUCAACAGAAAUCUGGGUUGGACCCUCCUGCAAAAAUGAUAACAUUCCCCGCGCGAUCCAGAGUGAUAUGGCCGAGGCAUUGGCGAUGACGUUGAACACGGCCCAGGUUGACUGUAAAGUUUCCCAGAACAUUCGUCAGCAGCAGUAUGAGCGGGUCAUUGGACCUAUUGCUUUCCACCCCGCCAGCGUCAUCUUCGAGACAGCAAGCCACGCCCAAUUGCUUGAGAAGGUUGGUGUCAAGGAUAUGGUGACCGGUGUAAUCGACGAGUUGCUUGCUUUAGCAGACGCACACGGCUGCAAGUUAUCUCCCGACUUCAAACAAAAGACCAUUGACGAAAUGACGAAACCCACGAACCCCGAGAGCAUCAUGUGGCAAGACUACAUCGCAAAGCGACCGAUGGAAGUCGAGACGUAUCUGGGCUCACCGAUAAAAUUGGCCAAAGAGGCCCACGUCCCUGUUCCUCGCAUCGAGUCGCUUUACGCUAUUCUGCAUAACCUUAAUAUUGUCAACCGCCAGAAACCGCCAAAGCCUAUCGAUGUAACAAUGGCACCUCCCGGCUCACCUACGUCUCAGUCACCCCUCCCGAGGAUGUCAUCAGCAAAUGGUGCCCGACCCAUGAUGAAUGGUAAUGGUAUGCCACCAAACCGGGGACCGCGCCCACGCAACUCCUCAAAUUUGGGCCCAGGACCACCGCCCGGUAUGCGUCGGCCCCCCAUGAACGGGGGCCCUCCCAACGGCUUCCCUCGUGGCCCGCCUCCCCCGGGAUCUAGGGCUGCUUCGAGACGUGGGUCUAUGGAGGGAAACGAUUUGGAGGAGUUCUCACAUCUCAUGAUGUAUGAUGAUAUUCCGGAAGGUGGAGAACCUGGUUACAGCCAUGGCCCUGAGGGUUCCGAGUUGGCUAUUCGCGAGCGUGAGAUGGAGUUGCGUCAGAGAGAGCUGGCACUGAGAGAGAGGGAGAUGCGAAUGAGAUCUAGAGGUCCUCCCCCAAGGCGAGGCCCGCACCCCAUGCGCAACAGCGCUCAGGUUUUCGACGAGGAGGAUGACGACGACGACUACUUCGACCCCAACUCUGGACCACCGGCCCCAAUGAUCGACCCCGAUAACUUUGACAUGAUGAGCGUUACCUCACGGAAGAAUCGGAAGGCGGCAGCCGCAGCACCGCCCACCCGUGCUCAGUACCACAAGAACGAGAUUUACGAUGCCGGAGGAGCACCGCCCGCCAGAUCUUCCCGAUUCCGCCCCAAUUUUGGACGCAAUCGUUCCAGCCAGAUUGCUAGUAUCCCUGCUGCAAAUGAGAACAUCCUAGACGACCCCCUCUUCUCCUACUCAUCGAAUCGAUACGGUGCCGUUGACAGAGGUACGAUGCAGGCAGGCUCGAGAGCAAACUCGCUGACGGCCUCACGUCUGGACGAGAUGCAAAUGGGCGGGGGCCCCAUGGCCAUGGGCAUGAACGGAGCCUUUCCGCGACGAGCUAGCCAGUCUCCCGGAAACCCCUACAGUCCAUCGAUUCGGGGCGGCAGCGGCCGACCGUCGCCGCCCAAUGGAUAUCACGGCCCUCCGAUGAACGGUCGUCCGUCUCCUCCUGACGGUAUGCGUCAGCCGGUGCCCCGAUACCCUCCCGGCCAUGGUAACGCAGUCGCGCCACAGCAGGUUGAGCAACAUAUCGGGGUGAGCGGUCUUGUUCCUCCACCUAAACAGAAGAACAUGAGAAGUCUGACUGGUAGUGCGAGCGCCAGCGCGGGCAGUGGUGAAUCACAGAAUGACACCGAGCCUUCCGCCCACAGCAGCCAAAGCAGUCUCGGGCCGAGACCGGCUAUAGGAGUCCGGUAAACAUCACUCACGAGGCUGCUUUGAUCGCUCUACGGCAUUGACGAUGUCGCGGUCAGCGAUACGGAACGACAUCAGCUUGCUUGGCCCGAAUGCGAUCCGAAACGAACUCGACGACUACGUCUCUAUCCUUCUACAUACUCAUAGACCCAGGCUUGCUAUCGCAUUCCGUUGGUCUCAAGAGGUCACUCUGCCGGAGUUCCUCACAUAUCGAUGCGCGGUAACACGAUGACGACACGAAACGAUUAGACAGGAACCGGUCUUUCAUUCGCGGCACAACACAUAGUUAAUUCGACGACUUUUCUCAUUUCUCAUCAAUCGGACGCAAGUCCAGUACAUACGGCAUUGUGACGAUGGGGGUCAAUUCCCUUCGACUUCUGGUAAUAGCAGCAGCAUUGGCGUGGACGGCAUCGAUGUUCUCGUUCAGCAAAGGGGAACCAGCGUUGGAGGUUGGAUAGCAGACGACGUCCCGGCAACCCGAUGGCUUCGGGCUUGUAACUCGCACCGAGGCUCGGAUCAAAGACAAAAAGAUGGGACGUGAGAUCUGACCAUCCUCGAGUCAUCUUGGGCGAAAGCGAGAAGUUGGAUGUGUAUAAAAACGAAACGCCCCUUCUCGGGCACUUUCCUUUUCUUUUGUGUCUGUCCUUUACGAAAAACAUUUCUUUUUGCAGCCAAGGCACAGCCACGGCUAGGUACGUCGAGGGGAUUACAAGUAACGAGCAUAGACAGGGGGAGGAGCCGGAGGUGGUUUUUGAACCGGCAAUACAAAGAUGGGCAAUAUCAUUGCAUGGCAGCAAACAACGAUUGGGGGACACGCUCAGACUGAAGCCUCUCUUGAUAAGGGAUUUUGGCUUUCCAUAAUUUUUAGUUUCCCGACGAUGAGAGAAGGGCGACGACGGGCGCAACCCAUGGGGAUGAGGAGGAAAGGGGUGAGGUGUGUGUACGGAUGUAAAAGUUUAGGGGGCGGGCAAGUAGGCAGCCUCUUUAGGGAAGUUCAAUUGAACGCAAUGGAAGCCAGACAGGUGCGAAACUUGGCAUCGUGAAAACAAACGUGAGGUCUAGAAAGAUUCUCCACCAGGGGUGCGUGCAUUAUACUUUGGCCCU